AAUACAGGACAUUAGCAAUCAAUCACCAAUUAUCCCUGUUUAUAGCUGUGUUUGGGGUUCUGUACAAUUAUAUAUAAAAAAACAAUUCAAUAACCUUAUAACAGGAUAACAUACCAUGUUGAGAGCAUCAAAGAGAAUUGUCACUGGUGUGCCAUCAUUAACCAGAAGGUUUGGAGUAUCUGCCUUAAGAUGUGCCGCUGCUCCUGAACCAAAGGAACAAAUACCUUCAUUCAAGAGUGCUAUGGGUACCGUAUACCCAGAAUAUUCCCCACCAGUAGUUAAAGACAAAAGAAUCCCAGAUACUGUAUUCAGUCACAUUUUCGAUGAAGUUGACAUGACCAGAUCCAAGGCCGAUUCCCCAACCAAUGUCGCCAAGCAAAACACCAAGAUUCGUCAUUUCACCAUCAACUUCGGUCCUCAACAUCCAGCUGCCCACGGGGUGUUGCGUUUAAUUUUGGAAUUGCGUGGGGAAGAAAUUGUCCGUGGUGAUCCUCACGUCGGGUUAUUACAUAGAGGUACUGAAAAAUUAAUCGAAUCCAAAACUUAUAUGCAAGCAUUACCAUAUUUCGACAGAUUGGAUUAUGUCAGUAUGAUGACUAACGAACAAGUAUUCGCCUUGGCUGUGGAAAAAUUGUUGAAUGUUGAAGUUCCAAUCAGAGCCAAGUAUAUCCGUACCUUAUUUGGAGAAAUCACCAGAGUGUUGAACCAUUUGAUGUCUAUCUUGACCCAUAUUAUGGAUGUCGGUGGGUUGACUCCUUUCCUUUGGGGGUUCGAAGAACGUGAAAAGUUGAUGGAAUUCUACGAACGUGUCAGUGGUGCUAGAUUACACGCUGCCUAUGUCAGACCAGGGGGUGUUUCCCAAGAUUUACCUGCCGGUUUAUUAGACGAUAUUUAUAUGUGGGCUACCCAAUUUGGGGAUAGAAUUGAUGAAGUUGAAGAAUUGUGUACUGACAACCGUAUCUGGAAAGACAGAACUGUUGACAUUGGUACUCUUUCUGCUGAAGAUGCCUUGAACUACUCCUGUUCCGGGGUCAUGUUGAGAGCUUCUGGUAUUCCAUUCGAUAUCCGUAAAUCCCAACCUUACGAUGCAUACGAUCUCGUUGACUUCGAUAUUGCCGUCGGUCUUAAUGGUGAUUGUUAUGAUCGUUAUUUAAUCCGUAUGGCCGAAUUCAGACAAUCAUUGAGAAUUAUCUUCCAAUGUAUUAAUGACAUUCCAGAAGGACCAGUUAAAGUCGAAGACUACAAGAUCAGUCCACCAGCCAGAUCAGCCAUGAAGGAAGAUAUGGAAGCAUUGAUUCAUCACUUUUUAGUAUUCACGAAGGGGUUCGCCGUUCCUCAAGGGGAAACUUAUACUGCCAUUGAAGCACCAAAGGGGGAAAUGGCCGUGUAUGUUGUUUCCGAUGGUACUGAACGUCCAUACAGAUGUAAAAUUAGAGCUCCAGGUUUCGCCCAUUUGGGUGCAUUUGAUCACAUGGCUAGAGGACACUUGUUGGCUGAUGCCGUUGCUAUUAUUGGUACUAUGGAUUUAGUGUUUGGUGAAGUUGAUCGUUAAGAAUAUUUAUAUAUUUGCAUAUACUUGUUUAAUUGAAAUACAUUUUCUAAGGGAUACGUGUAGUGGUAGAUAUGCUAUUGUAGAUCUAUAUGCAGAGGUAAACUGCGCUAUGCAAUUAGUUUAUAUAAUAAAUACAAGGAGAAUCCUCCCCCACUCAUAAACACAAAUGUUCGUAUUGAAGGUCCUUCGUUAGGAGGAGGUGCUCGUGACUGGUAAAAAUUCUGGCUUGAAGGAGGGGUAUAAUACAUAUACUCCCUAUGCUGGUUACACGAAGACCGAACUUGUGCUUGUCGUAACAAAUGCUUGGUUUUCACUUCUUCCGUCAUGGGUAGGCCCGAUUUGGCCAACUGGGCAAGGAUCUUCUCUUUUGUCACCGAAUCAAGACGUUUAUCAAUCAACCGUUGUUCGAAUUUUAAGUUACGAUUGAGGUGUUCAUCGUAGUCGAAAUGGGGCACGUCGUAACGAUCACCAUAGUUCCUAUGUUUGCCAUGGAACCCAGUGUUGUUGUCUUCCGGCACCUGGCCAUGAUCGUACCGCACACGAUGGCGUCGCGUGUUAUACCCCGAUGCGGUAGUAUAGCUGUUCCCACUUCUUGAGUAAUAUUUCGCCUCACCAUAAUACUUGCUAUGCCAGUCCAGUUGCUUAUAUCGGGCCGUUGUUGUGGCAUCACCGCCAGAGUAACUCCCCUGUGAUUUCAAACUUAGAUCAUAUUCUCUUCGCUUUCGUACGUCCUUGAGCACGGUAUAUGCAUCGACCAUUUUGACAUAUGUGGCCAGGUUUGACUCUCGUUCUUCUGCCGAUAAAUGCUGGUUGAGAUCAGGAUGGUAUUGCUUAGUAAGUUUCUUGAAUUGGAGUUUGAUCUCCUUGAGAGUAGCGUUUCUGGGGAUAUCGAGAAGUUGAUAGUGCGUUAGGUUGGCUGUUGCUGCAGCUGAUGCUGCGGCUGCGGCUGAGUAAUGUCGUAUUGAAUGUAGCAUGGCUUCUGUACGAGUAGGAAUGUCUAAACGAUGAUGUUUGCUAUGUUAAGCGUUGUCGCGGGGAC